AUGUGCCGACUGAGUGCUCCACACAUUGCUGCAACAAAUUGGAAAAACAACGAGCAGCUUGGGCAACCUGGCAGUAUCCCAGCCCUCGUGCAACUUUCGAGUGACAUGGCAGCUAGGCACCGAAAGGGUGCUACAGCUGAACGACAUAUAGAAAAGUCCGAGAUGGCGUCAAGACAGUACGGAAAACAUUGGGGAUAUAGCGUGCUUCAUUCAGCAUUCGUUCGUGAGUUGCGUCUUGGAUGUCAGACUGCUUGUCGAUGCGUCGUGCAGUUACCCUUGCUUCUUGUGUGA